CUGAGUUGCAGAGGAGGACUAAGCUGUCUGUGGCUGCUGCUUGGACACUUCACUGCCUGCCCAGGCUGGAGUGGGUUUUUUGUUUGUUUCUGUGUUAGCAUUGUCGGCCAUUCAACUGAGCUGAGAAGUGGAUCGAGGGGACUGAGCAACAUGUGGGCUCCAAAUAGAGGGCAGGUUUGCCCUGCUCUUGGGGCUUACUGCUAAGCAUGCUGGGUAAGGCUCCGCCAACAACCAGUAGCCUUAACCUGGUGAACUCUGAAGUUACUGACACCACGGCGGCCCGGGACGAGCUGGAUCAUAUAAGGAUGGCUGACCUAGUGGAGAGCCUGGAUACCAGAGAGCUGGACAUCGGAGAGGGAGAGGAGCUCGACUAUGAAGCAAGCUCCUUGGGGGACAACCGUAUCCCGUUUUCAGCCGUGUACGCCACAGUGGGCUUUAAAGAGGACAGUGCCAGGGUCUACCUCCCCACGGUGCCCAUCACUGCCCGCAUCCUGGAGGUGGAGAGAUUCACCACAGCGCAAGACCGCUUCAACCUGUCGCACCACAGGAGUGUCAACAAGUCUCUCCCAGCAGUGUUCAGGAUCGAGCUGAAGCACGGCGAGUUUACCUGGAUCAUUAAAAGGAAGGAGAAGCAUUUCAUGGAGCUGCACAGAGAGCUGAGGACGUACAAGACCUUCAUGAGGAUACCACUGCCUUCACGAAGCCACACGGUGAGGAGAAAGACGGUGAGGAAGAGCGAGGUGAGGGAGAUGCCCUCCCUGCCCAGAGGAGGAGGAGAUGAGCUGGUGCGAGAGGAGCAGGUUUCCAGUAGGAAGAGACAGUUAGAGGACUAUUUGAGCAAGCUUCUGAGGAUGGCCAUGUACCGCAAAUAUCACCACACUAUGGAGUUCAUUGACGUCAGCCAGCUGUCUUUCAUUCAUGACUUGGGACCCAAAGGACUGGAGGGGAUGAUCUACAAGCGCUCAGGCGGACAUCGUAUCCCUGGCAUGAACUGCUGUGGUCACACUAAGGCCUGCUAUCGCUGGUCCAAACGCUGGCUGGUAGUGAAAGACUCCUGCCUGCUGUACAUGAAGCCUGACUCUGGAGCCAUCUCCUUCGUCCUGCUGGUGGACAAAGAGUUCAGCAUCAAGAUGGACUCUAAAGACACAGAGACCAAGCAUGGAGUCAGGAUUGAUAGCCUUUCAAGGACCCUGGUGUUUAAAUGCAGCAGCUACAGACAUGCACGCUGGUGGGGUCAGAGCAUCGAGAGCUUUGUGAGGGAGUACGGGAAGGCUUUUCUCCGAGAUCAUCGCUUUGGAUCGUUUGCACAGGAGCAGGAAAACAUCCCUGCAAAAUGGUAUGUGAAUGGAAAAACCUACAUGGAGGAUGUGGCUGAUGCUUUAGAGGAAGCCAAAGAGGAGAUCUUUAUUACAGACUGGUGGCUGAGUCCAGAGAUCUUCCUGAAGAGGCCUGUCGUAGAGGGGAACAGGUGGAGACUGGACUGUACCCUUAAACGGAAAGCACAACAGGGAGUCCGUAUCUUUGUGAUGCUGUAUAAAGAAGUGGAGCUCGCCCUUGGUAUCAACUCUGGCUACAGCAAGAGGACCCUCAUGCACCUUCACCCAAACAUCAAGGUGAUGCGACACCCAGACCAUGUCUCCUCCUCUGUCUACCUUUGGGCACAUCACGAAAAGAUUGUCGUCAUCGACCAAUCAGUGGCCUUCGUGGGCGGGAUCGAUUUGGCAUACGGUCGCUGGGACGACAGAGAGCACAGGCUGACGGAUGUCGGAAGCGUGACGCGCUCUGUUGCCCUGGAACAGGCUGGCUCCACCACCGCUCCAUCCACUAAGGGUGUUUCCUUCGUUGACGGGAUCUCCGACGGUGUUCCAAAGAGUAAUGGACGAGAAACACCGCCCAGUGAACCAGUGGAACUGCCAAAACUGAAGGGGAUUGGACGCAACAGAAGGGCUCGCUUCAGUCUGUACAGACACCUGCACAAACACACUCUGCAGCAUGCCGACAGUGUCAGCAGCGUGGACAGCACGGGGAGUGGUUCAGUGCGAAGCCUAAAGACCGGUGUUGGAGAGCUGCAGGGCAACACUCGCUUCUGGCAUGGAAAAGAUUACUGCAACUUUGUAUACAAGGACUGGAUCCAGCUGGAGAAACCUUUCGAUGACUUUAUUGACAGGUACACAACUCCCAGAAUGCCUUGGCACGACAUCGCUUCGGUGGUUCAUGGCAGAGCUGCUCGGGAUGUGGCCAGGCACUUUAUUCAGCGCUGGAACUUCACAAAGAUCAUGAAGCCGAAGUAUCGCUCCCUGUCUUAUCCAUUCCUUCUGCCUAAAUCUCACUCCAGUGCCAACGAGCUCAGAUACCAGGUGCCUGACUGUGUCAAUGCCAAAGUCCAGGUGUUGCGGUCAGCAGCGGAUUGGUCUGCUGGUAUCAAAUACCACGAGGAGUCCAUCCACAAUGCCUACAUCCAGGUCAUCGCUAAAAGCAAACAUUACAUCUACAUAGAGAAUCAGUUCUUCAUCAGCUGUGCCGACAGUCGAACAGUGUACAACAAGAUUGGAGACGCCAUCAUCGAAAGGAUCAUCAGAGCAUACAAGGAGGGAAAGAAGUACCGUGUGUAUGUGGUCACCCCGCUGCUUCCUGGAUUUGAGGGGGACAUCACGACAGGAGGAGGGAACGCCAUCCAGGCAGUCAUGCACUUCAACUACAGGACAAUGAUCAGAGGAGAAUACUCCAUCAUCUCACAGCUGAAAAAAGAAAUGGACGACCACUGGAUGAACUACAUCUCCUUCGCCGGUCUGCGGACUCACGCUGAGCUGGAGGGGCGUCUCGUCACCGAGCUCAUCUACGUCCACAGCAAGAUGCUCAUCGCUGACGACAACACGGUCAUCAUCGGCUCUGCAAACAUCAAUGACAGAAGUAUGCUGGGUAAACGCGACAGUGAGGUGGCAGUGAUUGUGGAGGACUCUGAAAAGGUUCCUGCUGUGAUGGAUGGACAGGAGUAUGAAGCUGGGCCCUACGCACUCCAGCUUCGCCUUGAAUGCUUCAGGACUAUCCUCGGAGGUCACACAGACUCCAGCAUCGACCUUGCUGACCCUAUUAGCGAUCGCUUCUACAAAGAGGUGUGGAUGACCACAGCUGGCCGCAACGCUACCAUCUAUGAGAAGGUCUUCCGUUGCCUCCCAUCAUCCCUGGUGAGGAACAUGUCGGAGCUGGAGCAGUACCAAUCCAAACCCGGUUUGGCCCAGACCGACCUGACCCGUGCUCAGGAGGAGCUGCGCAAAAUCCGAGGCUUCCUGGUCCAGUUUCCUCUGGACUUUUUGUCCGAGCAGAACCUCAUGCCCUCUGUCGGCACCAAGGAAGCAAUGGUCCCGACUGAAAUCUGGACGUAAAGUAUGCACCAACACAGGAAGGCGCUGACAUGUCUUGAGUUGUAUCCGUAUUGUGGAUAUCAUCCCACUGGGAAACGUGGAUUUGGCCUUAAUCCAAAGAUGGGUGGAAACGACUGCCGGGCAUUGAGGAAGCUCUCAAACUUCUGCUUUUUUGGGGUUUGUGAAAGACAACAAGCACCACCUUUAAGGACAAUAUUUAUGACUGUUGUGAGGAAAAAAGGCAUUUGAAUUCUGCAUUUUGGGAAUCAAACUCGGCUCUGGACACUUAAAACCUCUGACUCGUGGAAAAACUUCCAAGUCAGCCAGGAUUUAUUUCUAAGGGACCAGGGUGAGGCUGUUGUAAAAUUUUUGACUGUGUUAAGCUGUAAUCACAGAGAUGGUGAAGCAUGUGGUUUUCUGAGUUUAUUUGUGUAAUAAGGUGCAGUAGUGCUAUGUUUGCUGUUUUUGAGUUGAUGAGCUGCUUAAGAACAAUUGGAAAACAAGCUUGCAGAUGCAUGGAGGAUCUUUUCUGUAAGACAAAUCAAAAAAGAGAGUGCACUCAAGCUUUUUACUGCACACUACACGAAGACAUGAGACAAUUUCACUGAAGACAAACAGUGCAUGAAGUGCACUCAGAUCCAGUUGACAUGUUUUAUAACAUGCACCCUCAGAGACAUUAGAUGUCUUUUUAUUAAGUUAUUUUGACUGAAAUUAUUUUUGACAUGAGGUUUGAAAUGUCUAGAAAUGACACAGGAACAACUCACAGUGCAUUUAUGAGGGUUUCCAUCAUGUAGUAUUGACUGUGGGAGCAUUAGUAAAGGUUAGAGUGGGUUAGACAAUCAGCCCAGCAUUUAAAGGUGUCAUUCCAACUUAGCCCAACAGAUGGUGUUAGCCUCUAACAGAUCCUUUUUGUAUGCAGGCAUGAAGCAGAGCCUUUCAGAUCCUCUGACCUCUACAGGUGCAGUUCUUAGAGGGAAAAGUCUCAAAUAAUGCCGAACAAUGUUUUCUUGAUGACAUGUCAGAGUCCAAGCUUUUGCUUUAAGAGUCAGUUUAAAUGUGCACUGCAAAAAAUCCAAUCUAAGAAAGUGUGUUUGUCUAAUUUUCUAGUCAACAAUACCUCAUCACCUUUAUUUAAGCCCAGAUAAUCAUCUAAUUUCAAAAUAUAAAACAUAAAAAUAAGACAUCUAUGCACUGAUACCAUGGUUGUUGAACCUUUACAUUUGAUAACUGUUUGUGAAAUUACUUUGAAAGUUUGUUUUAAUUUCAUCAGCUGUUCCUCAUUCCUCCUUUUGACAACAUAUCAGUACAUAGUUCUUAAUCUCCCGUACCUUUUUCAUCCUUAUUUAUGUUAAAAUAUCAACAAUCUGCAGACCAGGCUCCAACUUUGACUUCAUACUACAUAAAGUGAAGCAAAUAUCAUGCUUUAUAAUAGGGCUGUGUAAGAUAAAUCAAGGUCCAAAAUUGCACUAAUAUUUCAUUAAUCAUGAUUAAUCGCAUGCUUUACGUCCACCUCAGCAAACUUUGGUUAAGCAUCUCCCUGAAUCCACAGUAAUGUAAAAUAAGUCCACCACUGCUCCCUAAUGUCUCAUUUCACUUUAAAAACUGUCAGAUCAUGUCAGUGGACGAGUCAAAAGUCAUCAUAACUUUUUAUUACGAAACACUGACUUUUGCACUGUUCAUUUAAUUCCUUGAAGAUCAAUAAAAAGUCCCCUUCAUCCCCGGUUUUUUCAUAUUAAAAUCUUUGGUCUCCCUAUAAAAGCAGGUUUGUAUGCAAACAGAAAGUCAAUUACCCUCAGUUUAAGACAACAUAAAAAUCGAUGACACAAAAACAAUUUUGUCUGCAAAAUAGUAGAUUUUUUAAAAAUGUGAUAAAAGGUGCGAUUAAUCCUGAUGAAGUACAGCAAUCCUUAGUCGCGAUUAAAUAUUGUAAUCUGUUAAAAGCCCUGCUUUAAAAUGAUAGCGAGUACUGACACUGGUUAUUGAUAUCUGUGCAACCCCAAUUUAUUGCUUGUAAAACGUCAAAUUAAAGAUGAAAUAAGAAACUGUCAAAAGAAGUGACUUGUCUCAUUAUAAGGCACUCAAAAAGUUAAGCAUCAAGCUGUUUCAUCAAUUAGAAUUACUUAAAAUAAGGUUUGCGGCAAACAGUUGAUGACAAUUACAUGCUUUUUAUUGAGAUAAUCCUAAAUGAACACUGCUUUCAUAAUUUUGACGCAGGAACUAGACAUGGACCAGUGCCAGUGAUUAAUACCUAUGUAAGACUCUUGUGAUUGUCCAUGACCAUUUGAUCAUUUCCAAAACAGAUAAUCUGAUAAUCUGAAGAAUGAUAUCUGUUCAGACCACUUUGUUUGCUGAUGUUUGCCAACAGGGCCAAUAUCGGCUGAUAUCAGGAUGGGAAAUUAGCACCCGCCCACCAGCCAAAUGCAGGUACUUUUGAGCAGUGCUGGGUGAAUUUGCUCAACCCAUCAGCCACUGGGGCAGAUGAAUAAAAGUAGCCAAACCUAACAGACGAAUUUUGUUACAGUGAAGUGCAUUAAUCUAUGCUGGGAUGUUUGACUCUGUGUCAUAUGAGAGUAGUUAUCCACUGCAGCUGGGGUAUCUGCUGAAGAUAUGUUGUUUUUCCCAAGUUCAAGGUAGUUAAACAGAGCCUUUGGUGAGACUGCAGAAAUUGUGACGCUCAUAAUUUAGGAAAAUGCAUUUGAAUUUAUGGUGCCUCUGUGGGAAGCAAAUGUUUACAUGAUCACAUACAGGACAAAUUGUUCAAAUACACAGGUUUAAAAUAAGCAAUAGUUUGUCUGGACAGACAUGUCCAAGACAGUCUGGCUGCAGCCUGGAGCUCUCAGACGCCCCCUCUUCCAGACCACUACUGUCAGACGCCACCUCUGUCAGGAUGGAAAUACAUGCUAAAAUUUUCAAAAAAAAAAUUAAAAUGAAAUUAAACUUAAUGGUUAGGAUACCAAAAAUAAAAAAAUAAAAAAAACCUGACCUGCAAAACCAUAUUAAAGCUGACUAAAUAGUCUGCUUACGGGGAAAAAAUCUUGUCCUCCAUGAAAACACUCUAACACGGCUGACAUGGCUAAUGCUAAAGCUAACAAAGAGUUAAAACUAACAUAGCUUCAUUGGCUUAUGUUAAUGCUAACUAUGUGGCUUGUAUAGCUAUAUAGCUUUUGUAGUAACACUAACUAUGUAGCGUGUGUUGCUACAUUGGCUUUUGUAGUAACACAAUGUAGCUAGUGUAGCUAUAUUGGUUUAUGUAGCAACACUAACUCUAUGGCUAGUUAGCUACAUUAGCUUAUAUAGUAACAGUAACUGUGUACCUAGUGUAGCUACACUGACUUAUGUAGUAACACUAACAAUGUAGCUAGUGUAGCUAUGUUGGUUUUCGAGUAACAAUAACUUCAUAUCUAGUGAAGCUAUAUUGGUUUAUGUAGUAACACUGACUACAUAGCUAUUGUAGCUACCUUAGCUUCAGCUAGAGCUCAUUUUAGAAGUAGUUAAGCUUAGCUUUAAUCCCAGAUCCUCCAACCUUUAUUUCUGUUCUAUUUAUUAAAUGUUUCUUAGUCUUAAAUGUUUGCUAUGUGGUUGUUUAAUGAAUGCAACUGCCAGCAUUUGUUCAUGAAUAAAGUUGAUUCUUCUUCUAAAGUAGCAAUACAUAGUACAGGAUAUUGACAUCACUUUUGUUAUGACAUAGGCGCCCUCUCACCUAAAAGGUCUGCAAGAGGGGGUGUUUGAGAGCUGUGGUCUGCAGCCAGACCCCUCUUAAUAUGUUGACUACAAAUUAGGCAAAUACACUUGCUUAUGUUGGAGCAGUGCACUGACUUCUGGUUUUCUGGCAGUUCCACUAUUUUUCUUGAUGGGUUCUUUUAUGCGAGGUGUUAAGAUUAAUUUCUUUCUUGUACAUAACAGCCAGUACAUUAAAAAUGUUAGCCUGGCUUUUUACAUUGAUUCUUUGAUUUAUGACCAGUUAUGUUUGAAUGAAUGUAUGCACUCUGUGUCACCUGAUUUGACUUUUUUUAACCCCGCCCUUUAAUACCUUUCCUUUAAUUAUGAAGCUAAAGAACCACUACUGUGGAAUCAUCACUUUAUUGCAGUGAUAAAGUUGUCAGAGCAAGAAAUCUGUUAAGUUGUCAGACUGAAAUUAUGCAACAUAAAGACCGGUGAGCUGCUAGAGGGAGAAUCCUUUCAAUCAAUCAGCGAAACUCUUUAUAUUCCCAAGAAAGGUGUGAAUCACUGCCUUUUAUAGAUAUGUUGACACUAUGUGCUUUUCAUGUGAUCUGAUGAGGAGAUAUUGAUUUGAAAUGGGACCAGACGAUGUAUGGAUGUUUGUUGAAGUGGUAAUGGCUGAAAACACUUUGAUUCGUGCCUCUGCAAAGACUGCAAAAGGUUUGGCAUUUCAAUUUUGAUUAUUUUUGACUAUUUUUUUCUCUAUUUUUUUUGUCUCUGCAUUAUUAUUGUGGGCUUUAAAUCAGUUAAAACUAUUGAAAUAUAUGUGUAUAUUUUUAAUGUACAGUAAAGUUGUAUGGAAAGUUUUGGAUUCAAGGUGAAACCUUCACCAACAACCAUCCUUGUUAUUAGCUUAUGUUCCCCUGGUCCUCAGUUUAACUCUAUAUGUACGAUAUCAUCUUUAUACAGAUUAAAAUGUUUUUAAAAUCA